AAACAUCAAAGAAUGAAGUCGAUGAAGUUGGAACAAGUGCUACCAUGGUGGUAGAAGACUUGGAAGAAACAUUUCCCACAUGUGUGGAGGACGUUGAAAGUUUUGAGGAUAUACUAGACAUAUAUGAUCAAUUGUAUGAGCAAUUCCUCAAACAACAAAGGAGGGUGCUAGUCUUGAGCAAUAGUGUCAACACAAGUGAGGAAGACCGAAAAACACUGCAUGUGAACUUUGUGAAGUCCAAGGCUCAUUUUUUCAGUCAUGAAGAAGAGAAAAAUUCUCUUUAA